GGUUUUGGCCCGCCCCUUGGAGCUUGAUAUGUGGCUAAGUCAAUGAAUGAAUGGACAACCUUUGAUUGAUUGUGUUCAAUCGAUCUAUACAAAUUAGUGACCACAAUAAUUACAAUGCGAAUGAGAGGCUUCAAUAGUCCAUGAAACCUCCUAUGACUCAAAGAAAUAUUGAAGAAAAGAUUGAGUCAGAAUGUUUCGGGCGAGUGCAAGGUGUGUUUUACGAAAGCCUCGACAUGGAUAUGGACAACAUCAACGUCGUGCAUUCUUGGAGGUGCCCAUGUUUCUUAUCCCACCUAUGUAUUUUCUAGGAUUAGGGAUUGCGAUGUGGACUUGUGAGUAGGAUUUCGAUUGUCACUUCUCUCCUUUAUAGAAUCAGUGUUUGCAUCAUAUGAGAGUAUUGAAAGCUCAGUACUUAUUGAAAAUAAAUCCUUGGUGAAGGAUUGUUUACACUUUCCGGACCAGUGUUGCCGCGAGCCUUGCUAUCUCUUAUUAUUGUCAUCAUUGGUACUCAAAUAAUGCUCAUACUGAGUCGAGGUAGGGAAAUGUUGUAUGAUGGUAACAUUUCAGAAUAAAAUUAUCUACAUGGUGGGCACUCUCACACUUUCCCAUCCUACAUAUCUCAUUCAGUAACAAUAGCCUGGAUUGCCUCCAAAUUCCCGACAAGAAACUAUCGCGAAUUAUGAAAAAGAAUGUCUGGGUAUAAAAUGGAGGGAAGAGAAGAUAAAGUCUAUAGAUAGUACGUCGAUCAGUCUAUGUGUUGCAGAAGUAUCUACUGCUGCGAAAAUUGAGGGGGGACAACGGAUAGUCUAUGUUUUAUACUUCCAAGGUUAUUCCUCCCUUCUUUCUUAGUUUGCAACUGUGAAUAUUUACAUCAGUGCAGGAAAUGCAGCAUCAUUACCACCAAGACUUCCAUUUCUCUCUAAUGUGCCGCGAAAUUUGAAAAAGUUACCAUCUGCUCAUAAUGGUCCUGCGCAAUAUUUGUUCGUAUGUUGCAGUUAUAGAGGAUAUUGGACAUCUCGAGGUAGACCAUCAGAAAAGGGUAUCAUGAUGGAUGCAGAAGCUACAAUGCAAUGGGUUAAGAAAGAUUUUGAAUCACGACCAGACUUCGAUGGAUGUGAGGUUAUUCUCUGGGGUCAAAGUAUUGGCGCUGGAGUUGCCACUGGUUUGGCAGCAAAAGAUGGAAUAUUUUCAAAUGAGUUACGUUUACAGAAAUUGAUUCUGGAGACACCAUUUCUGGGCAUGUAAGUAUCUUAUCACUAGGAUAUUUUGGACGUCUGAGAUUAACCAGUGCGGCACAGUAAAGCAAUGCUAGAAACACUCUAUCCGCAGAAAUGGCUUCCAUAUAGACAUCUUCACCCAUUUCUAAGAAACCAUCUUGAUAGUUGGAAAGCUCUAGGCGGACUACAUGAUCGCACUGAAAGAUCCAGAUUAAAAGCACCGCAGAUUCUAAUUUUGCAAGCUGGGAAAGACGAGUUGGUGCCGGCAUCUCAUGGAGAAUUACUAGAAAAGAGGUGUUUGGAUCUUCGGUUCGAGGUAAGACGAGAAGUUAUUCAAAGCGCCUUGCAUAAUGAGGUUUUGGUUCGUGGAGGUGGAAGUAGGAUUAUUGCGGAGGCUAUAAGGGAUUUUGGUCAAGAUCGAGAUGGAAUUAAAAGGUAGUUUGUGAUAAUAUAUGAAAUAUACCUACCUACGUUCAUAUUAAUGUAGUGAAACUGACCGAGAACCGGGAGGCAACAGAGUAGCACGGUUGCCGAUGUGACAUAUCACAGCAUAUAUUUCGUCUGAUCUCGAAGCAAAGAGUUUUCGAGAGACGAGACGACUUUUCCAUCAGUCUCUUCCAUCCUCUACAUUA